UUGUCAUUUUAAAAAACAUUCGAAAUCCACAUGGUAUAAAACGAAAAAAGAAAACUUAUCUGCAUCCCCUCAGCAGCUGCAGCAACUCGUAUCCGUACCAAGUCCAACAUGGCGGUGGCGGGUGUGUCCCAGGCCAUCUCCUCCACCACCGCCACCAGAACCCCCUCUUGCAUCGAUUUCCACUCCAAAAAACCUUUCCUUUUGGGCCUGGCCCACUCUCCCCAGCCCAACCUCUCAAUCUCCGCCAGAAGGAGCCGCAACACCCACUGUUGCCGCUGCACCCUCAAUUCCGACGACACCUCUCUCAGCUGGGAUUGGAACCGAUGGUGCCGCCACUUCUCCGACAUUGAACAGGCCGAAAACUUUGCCUCUGUCCUCAAGUUUCAACUUGAUGAUGCUAUUGAGAAGGAGGACUUUGAAGAAGCGGUUAAGUUGAACAGGGCUCUAUCAGAAGCAACGUCCAAGGACACUGUUGCUGAAAUUAUGGAUCAGUUGAAGAGUGCUAUAGAUGAUGAACGGUAUCAUGAUGCUUCGAGAUUGUGUAAAUGCACUGGAAGUGGACUGGUGGGUUGGUGGGUAGGGUACUCAAAAGCCUCAGAUGACCCCUUUGGUAGAAUUAUACAUAUAAGUCCUGGUAUGGGUAGAUUCAUUGGCAAGAGUUACAGUCCUAGACAGUUGAUGCGAGCAUCUACGGGGACUCCAAUUUUUGAAAUUUAUGUGGUAAAAAAUGCUGAUGACACGUAUCAUAUGCAGGUAGUGUAUUUACGACAAGCCAAAGGAAAGUCAAGGAGAAACCCUCAAUCUAUACCUGCUAAAGGCCCAUCCAAACCUGAGGUGGAGAAUGCAUCUUCAGUUGAGGUGCAAGAACCUGAAGAGAAGAUUGAGAGAAAUGAUGAGAAAAACAGUAAUAUCGAGGGAGUAACUGAGGAGGGCAUUAAAAGUGUCAUAAAUUUUCUUAAAGAAAAAAUUCCAGGAUUGAAAGUCAAAGUUAUGAAUGUUAACGUUGAAGAGGAAGCAGCAGAAAACAAUGAUUCUAUUAAGCAAUUGAUGGAGGAAGAUAGUAAUGAAUCUGGCUCCAGUGAGAAUCACGAAGAGGAAGUUAAUAAUCUAGAUGAACCUGAUGCGGUCACUCUAGAAAGAGAUGGAGAUGUCACAGAAGAAGAAAAGGAUUUUGAAAUGAAGCUUUUUAUUGGUGGGGUUGUACACAAUAAUGAAGAUACUCCUGUCAAGGAUGAAUUUAUACGUCUUCCAGCUGAAAUAAAAAAUAUUGAAAAGGAUUCUUUUGUCUUUCAUUUUGCUAGUGGAAAUGUAGAUUAUGGUAUCAAAGAAGAUAAAAUUCCCAACAUCAAAGUAGCAGCCCUAGCAGCACAAGGAAUCUCCGAGCUUAUGCCUCCUGAUGUUGCUAAUGCAUUUUGGAGUUCUGACAAAGUCUCUUCUAAGGUCUCCAAAAGCAUGCGUGAUAUUGUCAGAGUUGCUAUGAGUCAAGCACAGAAAAGAACAAGAUUAUCUGGGGAUACAAAUUUUAGCCGGAUUAUCUGUUCAAGAGGGGAUUCUGAUCCUUUUGAUGGACUCUAUGUUGGUGCAUUUGGUCCUUAUGGCAUGGAAAUAGUGCAUUUGAGGCGAAAAUUUGGACAUUGGAAUGAAGUGAACAAUGAAAACAACACUUCAGAUGUUGGAUUCUUUGAAUAUGUAGAGGCUGUGAAGUUAACUGGGGAUCUUAAUGUUCCAGCUGGCCAGGUGACAUUCCGUGCUAAAAUUGGAAGAGGCAAUCGCAACACCAACCGAGGGAUGUAUCCUGAUGAUUUAGGAGUGGUUGCUAGUUAUAAAGGCCAGGGAAGAAUAGCUGACUAUGGUUAUCGAAAUCCAAAGUGGGUCGAGGGAGAACUGCUCCAACUUAAUGGCAAGGGCAUGGGACCAUACAUGAAAGGUGCAGAUCUUGGUUUCCUUUAUGUCGUGCCUGAGCAAAGUUUUCUCGUCUUGUUCCACCGGUUGAAACUACCCGAGUGAGCCAUGGUUGAUGGUACCCUAAUCCUGUCUAAUUUACUUAUCAUCUGAUGCGAGGAAGAACAUGAAGGAUUCUGAUACUAGCGUGUUGAGAUUACUGUUACCUUUUUUUUUUGAGUGGUAGUUUUACCCAACAGGCAGGCACUUGAUAUUUUAUUAGCCCUUCUAUGAGUUCAUUUUUUGUUGUUCCUUUUACCAAUCUCUUUGCUAUCUGUCAUCUUGUGUAUAUAAAUUUGGCUGACCAACAAAAUAGUGUGAUAGGAACUCUGAAAGUACCAUAAGGGAUCUUUUUUGUGAAUAUUGUGGUUUAUGGCUGUGUGCUUCCUUUCUUGUUUGGACUUCUCGUUUGUGGAAGUCCCACUAGUCUGCAUGUAUGAAAGGGAGCAUUUACUAAUUAAAUUUGAUGAUAAAGAACUUCAGACCUGUGUUA